ACAAAAAUUCCUGCGAUUGUCACCGACGCUUUUGAAAGAAGGGGACUUUUGUUUACUAUUACCGGCGAUAAUUUAAACUGAAAUAGAAAGAAAGAUAUGUUUUCAUGAAGACGUCGGCCUAUUAAUAAUGAAUUGACCACUACCAGUUUCAUUCAUCCAUGGGACCAUGAGUAUUAACAUGCCCUUUAUGCCUUCACCAAGAGGGGGUCUACCCCACGGCUACACCAAUGGUUACGCAGGGGGCAGUGGGGCACAGCCACAUGUCGGUUCCGUGCCUGGAAAUGGAAUGCAAGGAUUUAUGUUCAGGAGCCGCAAUGAGAGGAUUGACUGGAAGAAAAUUGCAUCCAUCGAUGUGGACCGUAUCAUGAGGGAUCUGGAUGUGAGUAGUUUACAAGAUUCUAUUAUGGGUAUCACGUUCUGCGACAUUGAGAGAGAGGUCGAUACCAGGAUGGUUGAUCAGAACUUUGUGACGGUCUUCAAGCUUGCCCAACUCAUUAUUCAGUAUCUUCUUCAUUCUCAGGAGGUGAUGGCCCAUAAUACAAGCAUAGCAGAGGAGAGGGUUCAGCAGCUUCAUGUUGACCAUGAAGCAACCAAGAUGGAGCUUUCUAGAUUAGGGGAGGAGCUACAGAAGGUCAAACAGGAGUCACACAAGAGAAAGAAACUACUCAAAAACCAACAGAGCCUCAUCCAAGCUACAGCUAAUAAUUAUCAUAAGUGUAUGUACUGCCAGAAGGCCUUCUUUAACCUAGCCUACCUCCAAUCUCACAUGCAACGCAAGCAUCCAGAGUUUACACCAAGACCUCCACAGGCUGAUGAUAACAUCACUGCUAGAAAGGUGGAUGAAGUGAGUGAAAAGUUAGAGAAAGAACUAGAUGAACUCCGGGAGAGAUUAAAAUUCUCAGAAUCACAAGUAGCGGAGGAGAGAGACAGAGCGCAAGAACAAAUCAAGUUAGCACUCCAACAAAAACAGAACCAGGGAGAAACAGAGAAAGUAGAAGAGCAACAUCGGAAGGAACUAGAGAGAUGGAAACAUGAACAGCUGAAUUUUCAAAAGGUUGAAAUGGAAAAGAUGCAGAAUAUGUUCAUGAAGGAGCUGAAGGAGAUGCAUGAUAAAUACACGUCUUCCCAAACUGCUUUGGAAAAUAUCCAAUCAAAACUUGGUAAACAAUCAAUGCUAGGUAAGGUAGUAGAUGAGGAUGAGCUGGAGGAAUAUAAACGACGGAGUAAGAAACAAGAGAAAGAGAUGAACAGAUUAAAAGAAGAACUCCAAACAGAGAUUUCAACAGUCCAAACGAAGAUGGUGAAUGACCUGAAGACGAAGGAGGAUGAGUGGAAGAAGAAACAGAAGGAAAUAAAAUCAUCUCAUAAAGAAGAAGUGAAGGAAUUGAAAGCGUUGUUAAAACAGACCAAAGAACUUCUUGAUAUAGAAAGAGAAGGAGGCGAUAAGAAAGGAGCCAAGUAUCAGAAACAGCUUCAGGAUCUCCUAAAGAAAAACAAGGAUUAUGAAAGACAGCUCAAAGGCAAAGAGGAAAAGAUUAAAGAAUUGAAAGUCAAAGCUUCCAAACACUAUGAGGUAGUAGAACCUCGGUCUUCACCUCCGACGAGAAUGAAGAUACCAACCCCGUCCCCGAUGGAACCAGAAUCAGACGAAGAGAUGGAUACCGGGCAGGAGAAUUCCAUUGAAGGAAUGGAUACCUUAUCACGUGUCUUACAAGAGUCGGAAUCAUGGCUGACUGGCACGCAUCCGUCUUACAAUCUUCCCGAAUCAGAUAUUGAUGAUGAUGAGCUAGAUGGAAUGAAUGGACAUCAACCUCAAGAUCAACUCAAUACAUUUGCGAAAAACAAAGAUCGUAUUAUGGAAGGAUUGAAAGAAGAACUGACCGGUGUCUUGCAGAAGAAUAUGGAAAAGAGAGGAGUUCCUGAGGGAAUGAGAGGUAUCUCGUCACAAUCCCUGGAGAAUAAGAUCAGAGUCUUGAAACAAGAACGCCAGCAGCUGGCCAAGCAACACAGCAAGUUCUAUGACAUCAGAGAGCGUUUCAAGAGAGAGAUAGAUCGCAAGGCAGCAGAACUCAGGAGGAGUGUAUCACCCGUUGGCAAGGGCGGCCGCUCAGCGUCACCCCAGCCCCGACUGCAGUCAGUCACUCCCCCUCCUCGAUCGCACAAGGUAUCCUCAAAGAGCAAACCAACCGGGAAACAGCUUCAGCAGCAGAAGAACCAGCAAAAACAGAGACAGCAACCAAAGCAGCAGCCUCAGGCAGCGGCCAAGAAGCUAUCCCCCGGUCAGGUCAGGUCUGGCCCACCGGUAGCCCCAAGGAGCCCGGCAUUGAAUAGUGGGCGGGGCAAGGGCAUGGCUUCCAAGGGGCAGGGCAACACCCCCAAAUCCAAUGUCAGAGUAUCAUUUGAAGAUGAAAGUGAAGAGGAGGAGGAGGAGGAAGAGAGUGAAGAAGAGGAAGAAAGUGAAAGUUUUGAAGAAGACGAUGAAGCAGAAGAGCACUAUAAGACUCCUAACGUUCCACCUAGACCAGCGGCACAUGGGCAGCCAGCCACUAAUGGGUUUCAUCAUGGUAAUACCGAGGGUGAUGAUGAAGAUGAUGAGAGUGAGUGGGAUUCGGAAGAUAUCAGUGAUUUAGAGGAAGCCAAACCAGACCCUGCUCCAGCUUCUAAACCAGUCACAUCUGUUCGUCAGCCUCAGGGUCCAAUGGUGUCCAGUUUGACCAGGAGUAUUGAGCUUCAGCUGAGUGGACGGCAGAAGGGUCGUAAACCAGUCGGGGGUGUGGACAUAGGAGCCGGUAGCACAAAGCCACCCCAGCCAGCACCCCGGACCCCCUCACCAUCCCCUACUCCUAGGAUACCGACAAUCCCUGAUGCUGGUCUUGAUGAUGAUUUCGAUGAUUCUGGAAGUCUAUCUGUGUCUUCUUUGGGUGAUAGCUUCUCAGGGUCUGCACAGAAACCAACCAGCCCUACACCAGCACCCAGGACAGGGAAGAGAUCCAAUGAUACUGAGAUGUCUAGUAAUACAUAUAAUACCAGUAUGUGGGGCUCCUCAAAAGCCAAAGCUAAUGGAACUGGUACCGGGAAAAGCUCCCUAGUCUCGGUGACUGACUUUGAUGAUGACGACGAUUUCGACAUCGACGAAUUGGGCUGAUGGUCUGAAGUGUCUCAAGUUUAUGUGACUUAUCAAGUGUAAGGAAUCCAGUUCAGUAUUCAUUUUUGCAGACAUGUUUUAGCUAUGAUUAUUCAUGUCUGGAGCCGACCUAAUAGUCGCCAUCCGAGAGACUUGAUAGGAGCUUGAAUCUCUCUGCAUCAAUAUAUAACUUUUUCAAUGUAGCUUGGAUUAAAGGAACAUGCCACAACGCCUAGAUAAAACAAUAAGCACUUAAUACAUCGGAACGUCUCUAGAAGUGGUUUACAGAUAUAUUACACCGGUCAUCGGAUUCUUGCACACAAUGUAUGCACUUUCUCCACUAGGGAG